AUUAACUUGUCCUUCUGGGAAGCAGCUGCAGAGCACACCUCUCCAACCUUUGCACAACAUUUCUCCAUUUUACAGACAAAGAAAAAAAAAAUGAGUUAAGGCUCAUGUGAAAUGUGAGCGUGGACAGACAGCAGGUGAACUUGCUGAAGUUAGAGGAAACUACACAGCCAGCCUCAUUUCACUGCAGCAAGAGAUCGCUGGCUCAUAUUGCAACUCAUAUGUACAUAGGAUUCUACCGCUGCCCACACCUUUCACUUAUUACUGAACCGAUGACUCCCCUGUCACUCAACCUUGCCACCUAGUGGAGCUCUGAUGGUUUAACUCCCUCCUGGUCAACAGAAAUCUUUCAGAUUACUACCUCCCUCAUCUGGGGAGAUGCCUGCCCUGCAACAUUUCCCUUAGAUCCCAUUUAUUUUUUACCUGCUGAAGACAAAACAACACUGACCAGCUUUGCACAUUGGAAGGUUGGUAAAGGAAUUUAAACCUUCUCUGCAACUUCAGUUACAGGAGGCAAGAGUCUGCUGGAUAUUAUAGAAAGCAGGUCACAACGAACUGUUCUUUGACAUAUGUGUGAAAUAUACACAUGAUCCAUGGUUUCAUGCUAGAGUUAAUGGUGCCCCAAAGCAAGAGACAGGUCUUAUCUAACAAGAGGCAAACUGAGCCACACAGAAGAAGUCACACCCCAAAAGAGACUGCACAAACAAAAGCAAAGCCAGAUGGAACCCUCAUCAAAGGGCAUAACCUCUACAGCUACACCAACAGAGACGCAAAAUGACACGUUGAUAAACCCAACAGGCAAAAAUACCUCUCACAACUGGGAGUUCCUGGUGGCCGUCCUGGUCACAGCCAUCUCUGUCUCAAUUCUCAUCACCCUUCUGGCUAAAUGCCAUGUGGUUCGGCGUUACCUGGCCAGCUAUAGGCAUACACGGCUCAGAGAGACAGACACUGUUAGCCAGUGUGACCCGUCAGGGCUGGAGGUAGAAUUUGCUAUGCAGAGGGGUCAUGGAAUUAACCCUCACUGUAUCCCUCCUGUGAGCGAGGAGGAUGAUGAUGGCUUCAUUGAGGACAACUACAUCCCGGCCAGUGAGAGAGCGAGGGCUGAAAGAGCAGCAGAGAAGAUGGAGGACACAGAGGAAGAAAUGGAUGAAAUUGAAUUUACAAUCGCUUAGUAGGACUGUCUCUAAAUCUCCUCAGCAAUAAACCACCUUGGGCCACCAAUUCCACUCCCCUUUUCUUUGGUAUGGUUCAUAUUGUCGAUCAUAAAAUGGCCACUUGGUAAACAUUGGUUAAGUCUAAGAAAGCAUAAAACUGUAAAUACUACUGCUCAAGAGUGUCUUAUUUUUAAGGCGGCACAAAAGUACUUAAUUAGUAGUACUUAAUUAGUACUUACAAAGAAGUUGAAAGAAUGUGCGAUCUGAGGAUACAUUACAGAGAAUUUCAGAAUAUACAUAGGACUUUCAUAAGUCACUUUUGUUAUACCGUCUUUGUCAGUAUAUUGACAACAGUAAUAGUAAUACCUUUCUUAGUUGCAAGUGUUAAUAAGAGGAAUCAAAUGUCCUGAAACAGCAAGAUUUUCUGUUUUUUGUGUGUGUUUUUUCAAUACCAAAAAGGGUCACAAAGGGUCUUCUGUAUAUAUGAACAUAAACAUUAACUAAAUAUCUGUGUGAUUUGGGCUGAAUGUAAACAGGAACAUUUCACUUUGGAAGGUCAUGUUUUGUCAGCAACACACAAGCAAUGGUUUAGAUGCAGUAUGCAUGGGUAUAUAAUAUGAUGGGAAACCAAUUUGGCAUUUACUUAAAAGCCUACAUAAAUAUGCUAAGAGUAGUGUUAUAGAGUAGCAACUAAGUAACAUGAGAACACAAUGCUCUGCAAAGUGAAGACCAUCUUUUCUUUCAGUCAGAUCAAUAGCUUUACAAGAGAGAAGCAAAUUUAAAUGUGAAUCUUUAUUGUGUUAUUGCGGCAUCUGUGUUAAAUGUUUUAUUUUUCAAAAGUAAAGUGCGAAAUGUCUUUUACACAUUUGACUAAUCUCAGAAAAGGUACAGCUACUGCCACAUGAAAAAAGUAGGCUGAAUCAAUUAUAGUCAAAGCAUUAGCCUACUUGUAAUUAGUUACUUUCCACAUCACAUGCUAUUUUUAGAAUGGUAGAUUGGGGCUGUGCAUGAAUUCAGUUUUCCCCUACUGUAAACUCAUCAUGUGGUUCGGUCAGGAAAUUGUAGCCUAAACAGUGUAACCUCAAUAAAAAUUCAGUCGUUACUGAAACAAUGUCACCUGGA